GGUCCCUGGGCUGGACACACCCUUGGAGCAGUCACACUGGGACGGGCUUGGGUCAGCUGGUCCCAUCACCGCAGUGCCCAGAGUGUGUGGGGGUCACACCAGUGAAGGGCGGCUCCAGAGACGGAAGGUUCUGCGAAGAUCUUACACUUGGACGGGAAGCGAGGAUGCGUGAAAUCGUACACAUUCAGAUCGGCCAGUGUGGUAACCAGAUCGGAGCCAAGGCCCUGGCACCCACCCUUCCACUUUCUGUCUCUAAGAAUUUGAACUCUUCUCGGGACCUCACAAAAGUGACAUCACACAGCAUCUGCCCUUCUGUGUCUGGCUUAUUUGUCUCAGCAUAACGUCUUCAGGGUUCAACCACGUUGAAGCCGGUGUCAGAAGCGCCUUCCUUUUUAAGGCCGAAUAACAGUCCAUUGCGUGGAUACACCACGUUUGGUUCAUCCGGUUAUCCGUCGACGGACUCACGGGUCGUUGCCAACUUUUGGCUAUGGCGAGUAAUGCAGCUACGAGAAAUGAAAGUCUUCUAAUGUGGGUGUUUAAAACCUGGGGCAAAGGAUAUCACUGCUUGGAAAGGAGUUGCCACCUUCCCAUGCCACAGCGAUGAGCUGUUCCUGAGUCAAGCACGCGGAGAGUUCUGGGAGGUGAUCGGCAAGGAGCAUGGGAUCGACGCGGCGGGGGGCUACUUUGGUGACUGUGCCUUGCAGCUGGAGAGGGUCAGCGUGUACUACAACGAGGCCCACGGUGGGAAGUACGUGCCGCGGGCCCUGCUGGUGGAUCUGGAGCCGGGGACGAUGGACAGCAUCCGCUCCAGCCAACUGGGAGCCCUCUUUCACCCGGACGGCUUCAUCUACGGUAACUCUGGGGCCGGCAACAACUGGGCCAAGGGCCACUACACGGAGGGCGCCGAGCUGGCCGAGAGCGUGCUGGACGCUGUGCGCAGCGCCAGCGAGGCCUGCGACUGCCUGCAAGGCUUCCAGCUGGUGCACUCGCUGGGCGGCGGCACGGGCGCGGGCAUGGGCACGCUGCUGCUGAGCCGGAUCCGCGAGGACUUCCCCGACCGCAUCCUGAACGCCUUCAGCGUCCUGCCGUCGCCCAAGGUGUCGGACACGGUGGUGGAGCCCUACAACGCCGUGCUGUCCCUGCGGCAGCUGGCGCGGCACGCCGACGCCUGCUUCUGCAUCGACAACGAGGCCCUGUACGACAUCUGCUUCCGCACGCUCAAGCUGGCCGCGCCCAGCUACGGCGACCUCAACCACCUGGUGUCCCUGACCAUGAGCGGCGUCACCACGUCCCUGCGCUUCCCGGGCCAGCUCAACGCCGACCUGCGCAAGCUGGCCGUGAACAUGGUGCCCUUCCCGCGCCUGCACUUUUUCACGCCCGGCUUCGCGCCGCUCACCAGCCGCGACGGCCGCCAGUACCGCGCGCUCACGGUGGCCGAGCUCACGCAGCAGGUGUUCGACGCGCGCAACGCCAUGGCCGCCUGCGACCCGCGCCGCGGCCGCUACCUGACGGUGGCCUGCUUCUUCCGCGGGCGCAUGUCCACCAAGGAAGUGGACGAGCAGAUGCUCGCCGUGCAGACGCGCCACAGCGCCUGCUUCGUGGACUGGAUCCCCAACAACGUCAAGGUGGCCGUCUGCGACAUCCCGCCGCCGGGGCUCGGCAUGGCCGCCACCUUCGUGGGCAACAGCACGGCGGUGCAGGAGCUGUUCGGCCGCGUGUCCGAGCACUUCUCGGCCAUGUUCCGGAGGAGGGCGUUCGUGCACUGGUACACCUGCGAGGGCAUGGACGUCGGCGAGUUUGCCGAGGCCGAGAGCGACAUCCACGACCUGGUGUCCGAGUACCAGCAGCUUCAAGACGCCAGAGCGGUUCCCGAGGAAGACGGAGACGUCGUGGGGGAGGCAGAGAUGGAACCGGAAGACGGGCCCCGGGCACCUGGCGGGGCCGUGUGAGCGGCGGCCGCAGGGAGCCCCCCCUCUCGCCGGGGGCCGCCCCGGGGCCGUGCGACCGCAGGGACCUCAGGGCCUUCCGCCGGCAUCUGCUGACCUUCCAGACUCCGACGUUCAGUGCACCCACCCUCUAUUAGCUGGUUUGAAAUAGCAAAGCGAAUUCGUGGGGGAAUUGCUCCCUUUGGGCCGUUCCUGGGCGCACGGCCCCGUGCCAGGCAUCGAGACCCCCCGCCUGGGUCUCGUGUGCGGCCUCUGCAGCCCACGCUCGCUUCGACCCCCUCGGGCCGCCCAUCGGCACCCGGGAGCCCUCGCCCGGCAUCCUUGCCAGGUGUCUUACCUCGGCUUCUCUGCCAUGCACUCUGCCCAGCACCCUACCUCCUGGUACUUGCUGGCCUCCGGAAAAGCCAGGUGACUAAUUGGUGCGUGGGGAGCUCUGCAGCCGAGGCAAAAUGUGAGUCAGCAUCCACUAGCGAAGAGUGCAGACCUCGUGUGUGCCUGUCAGAGUACUAGCCGCAAAGGGAAAAGGGAAGGACCAGAACGAGUGGCAGUGCCUGAUCCACUGAGACACCUGGCCAAGGACACCCCCAAGCAAGACCCACCACCUCCAAACCUCUGCUCUUUGCUGCUGCACAGCUGGCUUUUAACAUACACGGUUACCCUGUCGGUUCCCUCUUAGUGCUGGGUUCUGGGAAUUCAUGAAUCACUGUCUUCGGUUUCCCUUGUAAAGGCUAUUUCAAAAUGCCCUUUUCACUUUCAGUCAGUAAUCACCUUCUGAAAAUGCUCUGUGGCCUCUGCUCUUUCAGAAAGGGCACACGGCGCGGUGCGCUGGGCAGCCAUUCACAUGCAGGAAGGAGGCAGCGCCGGGCUGGCCGGUGUCCUUCUCGGUUCCAGGAGGACGCCGUCUCAUUAGGGAACUUUCACAGUUCAAAUUAAUUUGCCGAAGUCGCCAUAAACGUCGGCACGACGAGACAGCUUUCACCGUUACACGAUUUUCAUCUGCUCACGUUACAACAGGACGCAAUACACAAGAGUGUAAUCGAAUCAUCCAUAACUUUUUAAUUAAGGUUUACCUGUUUCUGACAUACAGCACAGCCAUCCCUUCCGGGCCCAUAAGGGCUUUAAUGGCCUUCUGGAAUGACCACUGAGCUAUACUAUAUGAUCCGUGGUCAGUCAGCAAUGGGAAGAUGCUCCGACCUUCACUGCAGGAAAUAUUUACUUGCAGGCCACCAGGUUCUCCUCUCCCGAUUCGUUUUUGUCACCUGCAAUAAUACAGUAGCAGGUGGACGGAUGACAGUACCUCCUUCAGAAAAACUUCACUCCUUCCCAUAUGCAUUGUAAGGAAGUAACGAAGACACGUACGGCGAGAAAAUUAAGUCUUGCUGUCAGUAUCAUGACAAGCCUUCUAUUUACAAAACUUAAAAAAAAAAAGUUGUAUACACUUUCUCCUUGUGGUUCAAGCACUAAAAACAAAAGCAGAUUUAAUAAGCUGUUACCUAUCCACUCUCAGAAGUUCGUAACUUCUUAGAAGCCAGAAAAGACUUACGACCUCUGAGUUUACAAGAAUUUAUACACACGCUUCCUCUAGCAAGCACUUUCCUUCUCUAAUCCGAAAAGGCCAUCAAGUAGAUGCAAGGAAGGAUACAGACCCAGAUUAAAAAAACCAAAACCCAAAAAACCUGCUGAUUUAUAUUGCUGUCAAGAUUUUUGUUGCUCAAUAGUAAUCAUUAAAAUACAAGGAAAUUCAAUUUUAAAUGGCUAAAUUGCUUUAUUUCAGACUAAAUAAAUUCCUUUUCUUGGAGCCUAA